AAACAAUCGUACUGAGGUUUAGUACUUACAAUAACAAUUUAAACAAAUAAAUGAGCUAUAUAAGCAUUUAUGAUUGAAACACUUUCAUUACUAUUUUAGUUUUAAAUUCAUCGACAAGAUGUAUAAAAUACUGAUUUUGUGUUCCCUAUUUUGCUUUGGUGCUGUUACUAGCAGUUUAUUAUCACCAUACCACUACGUUUGCACCGAAGGCUACUGCAUAAAAACCGAAAUAACCCCGGAUACCGUUUCCCCCCUCAGUUUAGCGGAGUGUAACCUACAAUGCCUCAGUGGUUCCGUUCUUUGGCCAAAACCGACCGGAAACAUCAACAUUUCCAACCUGACAGAAGUCAAUGUGGCCAGCUUUUCCUAUAGUUUUCCAGAAAAUACUUCAAUCAGCAACUUGGUGAAAAAAUCCUUCAAAAUCUUUUUAGCUAGCAUCAAAAGCUAUGCCUCCUGCAAAACGUUUUUGACCAAAAAAAGCCCUAGUGCUUCUUCCGUGAGCAUUUCCUUUCAAAUCAGUAAUCAGAGUAUUAAUUAUUUGACUUUCAACGAUACUGAUGAAAGUUACAGUAUUUCUUCAUCCAGUAAUGGAAACCUCAUAAAUAUAACCAUACAAGCAGCUACAUUUUUUGGUGCAAGACAUGCCCUGGAAACCCUAAGUCAACUUUUUAUCUAUGAUGAUUUAAGAAAUCGAAACCUCUUUCCAUCCAACAUAACCAUUUCCGACUCCCCAGCUUAUGCUUGGAGAGGAGUCACUUUAGAUACAUCCAGAAACUACGUCAAGCCUUCUGUAAUUAAGCGCACCCUUAAAGCUAUGGCCGCAUCCAAAAUGAAUACCUUUCACUGGCAUAUAACUGACUCGCAUAGUUUUCCCUAUGUCUCUGCUUCCCAUCCAGAAUUAUCCCACUAUGGAGCCUACUCCCCAUCUAAGAUUUACGAUAAUUCUACAAUUAUGCAUAUUAUUGAGUAUGCCAGAAUUCGAGGAAUCCGAGUAGUUCCAGAAUUGGAUAGUCCAGCUCAUGUGGCAGAAGGAUGGUUGCAAAAAGGAGUAAUCACUUGCUUUAAUUGGACACCUUGGAGCACUUACUGUGCUGAACCUCCUUGUGGUCAGUUUGAUCCUUCUAAAGAAGAAUUGUAUGACUUACUGGAAGAUGUAUAUGGUGAUAUGCUUGCUCAAUUCGGCACAGAGGUGUUCCACAUGGGGGGUGAUGAAGUUAAUAUGGCUUGCUGGAACGGUACCACCGAUCUCACCGCUUGGAUGGUUGAUAUAAAAGGUUGGGGCGUCACAAAAAACGAUUUUCUGAAGCUAUGGGGUUACUACCAGACUGAAGCUGCCUCACGCCUAUCCAUCAAAGCUGGGAAAGAUAUCCCGGUGAUUUUAUGGAGUAGUGAUCUGACCAAACAGGAAAAUGUCACGAGUGUUCUGGACCCCACAAGAUACGUGAUCCAGGUGUGGGAUGGGUCCGGUGACUUGAGUAUUCCCCCUUUGCUCAGCAACGGUUACAAUAUCUUACUAAGUAACUACGAUGCUACUUAUUUAGAUUGUGGGUUUGCUGCUUGGGUUAGCUCUGGAAACAACUGGUGUACUCCAUACAAGGGAUGGCAAGAGUUGUAUGAUAAUAAGCCAGAAAAAAUUGCUGGUAUUUACAAGAAACAAGUCUUAGGCGGAAUAACUGCUCUAUGGUCCGAACAAGCUGGAUCAACUUCAGUUGAUAAUAAAGUAUGGCCUAGGGCAGCCGCUUAUGCGGAAACCCUCUGGACUGAGCCCACUGGCGACUACUCAGAAGCCGAAGAAAGGAUGUUGAUCCAUAGGGAUCGACUGGUGAAGCUGGGGAUUGAUGCUGAUGAAAUUCAACCAGAGUGGUGCAGAAGAUAUCAACAAUAUUGUCCAAUUUCAGGAAAGUUUAAUGUGUGAUUUGUUAAAUAAAGUCCGUGUAUUUUUUAAUAAA